UGUAUUUACCAUGUUUUUUCAGCUUUUUUCUUUUCCAUUCACCAACCAAAAUACGCCACGCCCUCUCUAAUAUCCAUCCCUCCUAACUCACUAUUUACGAUACCUCCGUGUCUCUCCUCUCUGCAUUUGCAAAUGGAAACAUAAAAAUAAACAACUCAAAGAUUAAAAAAGAGAAAGCGUGAAGAUCGGGUCUAAUCUGGGUUCUCUUGAAAGUUUAACCAAUUCUUUGAAUCUUUUGUAGUCUCCCUCGUGUAUAUAUAUAUCACCCUCAAGAGAAGAGAAAAGAGCUCCGCAAUUCAUUUCAUCUUUUUUCUUUUUUGUAACAACUUUUUUUCUAAAGGUAUAUAUAUUUAAAGUCUUGUUGUAGUUUUAGUUGUCGGUUUAGGUUUUUUUUUUCUUUCUAAAAUUUCAAUCUCUUUUUAUCGUUUCAUGUGUGUAAUUACAACGAAAAAUACCCCAAGAGUUAGGGUGGAGUGAGGUGUGAUUUUGGAAUCUGUUACUUUUUCUUUCAUUUUCUAGGGAAACCCAAACAGAGAAUAAAAAUAAAUUGUAUGUAGUGGUGAACUUGAGAGGUUUUUUUUUUUUUUUGGAAAAGAAGGCAAGGGUUUUGAUUUUGGUGGAUAAUUUUGGAAAUUGAAAUGCCGGAGGAGGAGGUGGUAGAGAUUAAGUUUCGGUUGUAUGAUGGAUCAGAUAUGGGUCCAUUUCGAUACUCGCCUGCUUCAACCAUUGCUAUGCUCAAGGAAAGAAUUGUUGCUGAAUGGCCUAAAGAUAAAAAAAUUGCGCCUAAGGGAGCAAAUGACAUCAAACUGAUAAAUGCUGGGAAAAUUUUGGAGAACAACAAGAUUGUUGGCCAGUGUAGAGUACAUUUUGGUGAUCUUCCUGAAGCAGUCAUCACCAUGCAUGUUGUUGUGCAGCCGUCUGUAACAAAAGUUAAAACAGCAGAAAAGAAGGUGGAUGAGCCUCCCAGGAAUAACUUAUGUUCAUGUUCCAUAAUGUAAAAUUGUUUGGUCUCGAUUCAGAGGGAUGGUCUCCCCAGUUCCUUGGAUCUGCUGUGCUAUGGACCGUGGUUUGCCGGAAAAAAAAAAAAAGAAAAAGAUAAUUAGUAAAACAGUGUCAUUCCUCAUUGUUUGUCAGGGCAUUUUUCAGAAAGAAUGAUAUUAAAAUGGGUGUUUCAUGUAUUUGCUAGCUACCCUUAUUUUUUAUUUUUAUUUUUUUUUGUUUUGUCUUCCUUAUUUGUUUAAUGGAAAGCCAAUGGAUUCAUUGACUUA